AUGUCUUACGGCGGCAACGACGACUCCAACUACGGUUCCUCCCGCAGGGACAACGAGGACAGCUACGGCACUUCGGGAACCACCGGCGGCUUCGGCUCCUCCACCCGCGACAACGAGGACUCGUACGGCUCCUCGCGCCGUGACAACGACAACGACAACAGCUACGGCUCCUCCAACACGGGCCGCAGCGGCAACGACUCGAGCUACGGCUCGUCGACCCGUCGUGACAACGACACCUCGGACAGCUACGGCUCCUCGGGGCUGAGCUCGUCUCGCAGGGACAACGAUACCUCGGACUCGUACGGCUCUUCUCGCCGCGACAACGACAAUGACAACAGCUACGGCUCCUCCCGCAAGUCGGACAACGAAACCUACGGCUCCGGCAACAAGACCUCGUCCUACGGAGACGACUCCACCUCCUCCAACCUCGCCGGCGCCGACUCCCUCUCAUACGGCAACACCAGCUCCAGCCGCCGCGACAACGACAACUCGGACAGCUACGGCUCCUCCGGCAACACUGGAUCCUACGGAUCUUCCCGCAGGGACAACGACAACGAUAACAGCUACGGCUCCUCCACCACCCGCCGUGACAACGACGACAGCUAUGGAUCGUCAGGUAACACCGGCUCCUACGGCUCCUCCCGCAAGGAUAACGAGGACAGCUACGGCUCCUCCGGUAACACUGGAUCCUACGGCUCCUCCCGCAGGGACAACGACAACGACAACAGCUACGGAUCGUCUGGCAGCACGGGAUCCUACGGCAGCAGUGGCAGGGACAACGACACCUCCGACUCGUACGGCAGCAGCAACAAGAGCGGCGGCGACAGCAAGGUCGGCAAGUUCCUCGAGAAGGCGGGUGAUUUGCUCAACAGCGACAAGCUCGAGUCCAAGGGCCAGUCGAAGCGUGAGAACGCCGGGUACGGGAACAACAACGAUGACUACUAG